AUUCAGCUUUCCAAGCCCAGGUUCUCCACCCUCCACUUCCAACUGCCAGACAACGAGUAACCCCAUGCAUGGGUCACCGCAGUGAACGACUGGCUUUUGGCUGCAAGCCGAGCCGACUCUGGUGAAACAGAUGUGCUUGCAGUCGGCUUGGCACCGCAAGCUGCCGGCUCGAACCAUCGAUGAGGUGUUCUGGUCACCACCCCGCGGUACAUGCUGUCGGAUUACAUACCUCGCUGUCUAGAUCCGACGUGGCUGCUGCGCUUUUUGGAGCAUUCGGCUCGUUACGUCCGGGCAGAGACGCGCGCUCUCGUAACUUGCCUCGACCUGCGGGGAUUUGCUGUGGGCGCCGGCCCUCUGUUCGCUGACGGCAGGUCGCUCUCCAAAGCUUUGCGCUUGCUGUCUGCAACAUGGCCCCGGCUCCGGUGUCUUCUUCUGGAUCGCCAUCCCGGGUUAGCAGACCUUGACGCGCUGAGAGUUGCGCCCGGGUCGAAUUCUGAGCCUCUUCUGCUCCUGAGUAUUGCACACUGCCGGGAUGAGCUGCCGCCAUCCUUCUUCGCGUCACCACACCUAAAGAGCCUCGUCUAUCUGGAUGUGUCUGACAUCCCUGGCUCUCUGCGGGGUCCCUUGGUCCAGCGGACAUUGUGUCCGGCCAACUUGCCUAGUCUCCGCAUUCUGAAGGCUCAGAAGCGGGAGCUGGACAACAAAACCGCAUCUCUGCUCUUCAAAGUCUUCAAAACACAACUGUGGAGUGUGGACCUCAGCGGGAACAAGCUCACGGAUGGCGUCUUCGAUGACAUUCAUGAGUACUCUUUCCCAGAACCGAGUUCAAGAACAGGUGAUUUUGCUGUCGAAGGCCGAGUGGUACACCGAACUGAAGGCAGCGGCUCCUUUGGGAGGUUCUGCACCGUCAACGAGUCUGAAUGGAGCGUAGCAUUCAGCCACCCUCAUAGGUUCCUUGCCGAUGCUCCGUUUUACGCGACGCAUGCCCACGACGGUCCCGAACCGCCCGUCAACCCUCGCUUGAGCGGCCAGGCGAAGGUGCGGCCGGACUCGGCGGAUGGGAUCAAAAAGCUGUUCUCUGGCGAUGCGGGCUCUCACGCUCCCUUGCUGGAACACCUCCAUGAGCUGGAUGUCUGCCGAGAGCAGCAAGGCAUCACCCACCUGCAUCUCAACGGCAACAAGGUCUCUGCCGCAGCACUUGGCAGGUUUCUCAGGUCGUCCUCCGGGCAGCUCCAGCACCUCGAGUGCGAUUCCAUGUCGUUUAAUUUGCCCCAACACGUUCCUUCCACUUGGCUUUCCAAGGCGAGUCUUUCAGGUAUCCUUGGCCUAGCACACCUUUUCCGUCCCGUCUUCUCGGCGAACCUGCAAGCGCUGCGCAUCCACCAUUCGCUUGUUACGCAGCUCUUGUCUCUGGAGCUCGGGGGCAUGUCAGCCAUGGCGAGCCUGUGGGUGGCCGAGACGCUGCUCCUCCCGCGGGCAGAACUUGCAUAUCCCGAGGCAUUUGUUCCAGACAUGAACCCCCGACUGCAGUCUCUCGUUCUGACGCAGAUCCCAAGAUACUCCGCUGGACCGCUUAUUCACAAACUGAUACACUUUCUCAAGCUGGCGUCGAUCCAGGAGCGUGCGAUCCAGGACAUCAAAGCCACCAACCGCCGUGGACCAGCGACCCUGCUCGGCCUACGACAUAUCCGCUUUGAAUUCGAGCCGGAUCCCCGUGAUGCGCUUGAGGACGACGUAGAAAUCGAGUUACCCCAUGACCCUGCGGCGGUCAUGGACGACUACUCCAAGGAUUUCAGCUUCUUUGGCGAAUCCAACUGGUCGUCUGAGCCGUCGACCACCUCCAAGCCAUCUUCGAUGUCAACAGCAGCUGUAGAAAGACACAGUCCCCGCAAUCCGUCCGAGCCCAGGGGCCAGACCUGCAGCUGCGAGUCGGCCCGACCUGAAUCACCGCACUCCCCUUCCUCCCAUGAAUCCCACCCCAGUACAGAGGCCACACACCUCCUGCACACCUGGAGCUGGAAUGCCCAAACAUUUACCCUCCCCGUCUGGAUCGGCUUUAGGACCGCAGACCAAUGCACCCCGGCCGUGCGCGAAUACAUGCGGCUCCUCCGCGCUCAACCCCACCUGCAAGCCGACCCCGUACCUGCGUCGCCAUGCCACGUCGCCGCGGGCGUGCCGCCGGGCGAGCUCAUCUUCUCAGCCGCCUGGGAGGCCAUCCUUGUUCCUCCUUCACCUCCUCCUACACCCGCUGCUCUACAUUUUCACUCUGCCGCACCGUUGCCACCACUACCACCACCAAGUGCGACCACAGUUCCUGAUCGGAGUAGGAACAGUUGUGGAUUUGUUCCUAGACCGACACGCGACCAGUUGAGCGGCAUGCGGGAUGUCCUGGCUGCCAUCAAGGCCUAUAGGGCGCAGACGAAGAGGGCGUAUGAGGAGCUGAAGCGCACUGCAGAGCGUGAUGGGGGCAGAGGAGAGGUGAAGCUUGGCGAGCCGCAUUUUCACUGGACGGGGAGGCUCGAGGUGUCGGUGGAGGAGGGAUCGUCGAGAUAUUGGGAUUGGCGGUAGUUGGUAACAGUUUUCUACGGCGUGUAAUAUUCCGUGGCAGGUUGGGCGAGGCAGGGUCCGGGGAGUGGUCUUGGGCGGUGGGAUGGGUGUCAGAGACUCCGUGGUCCGGAGGAGAUAUUGUUGUGGCUAGACUUCCUUUCCCUGCCUCCUUCUCCUGCCUGUUCCCCGGAUUCUUCUCCUGCUCAUCCUCCUGCUUCUGCUUUUUCAUCCGAACUCUCGUGCGCCUUCCCGCACCUUCGGUGCCUGCCACUGCUUUAUAUACGAGUCCCACCACGCAGACUCCCACAGCCACCCCCCCAAUCAACGG